GCGGCUAUCGGUAGAGCUCCACACAGGCUUACCGACAGCGAACAUCAGUCAAUAUAUUUCAACUCUCCAUACGAACGACGGGUCCCCAUGAGUAUGACAUCACACGUGUAUGCGGCCGUGAAGCCAGGGAAAGAGGGACGUCGCGCCUGCGUCUGAUAAGGAAACACAUAUACCCGUGUAUGCCUCAGAUUGUCUUCUCCAGUGAUAUACUUUCCUGCAUGGGUCCGUAUCUGAUCAACGUAGCCGUUUACCUCCAUAUGGACCCGGUGUUAAAGAAUCUUCCAUGACUGAUGAAGCUGUGUAAAAGAAUGAUGCCUGCUUGUAACACAUCUAGAAUCAUAUGGCGUACAUGUAUGUGGAAUAUGUUUGGACUAUUUUGAAAACUGUGUGCGAUAUUUCCAAACUGCUAUGAUGACUCACCAUUCUUACACAUCUAAUCAUGCAGUGCCUGUGCUCAACUCCUCCCUCAAGCCCGAUACCAACGAUACGUCUGUCUUUGACGUCUGCAGAGCAAGCAACGUCAACUCCACCAACGAUCUCCAACCAGACACCCUCGACGAAGUCAUAGUGUUUGUCAAUUUGUACAUACCCCCGGUACUCAUUAUAUUUGGCAAUGUUUUCAAUGUGCUCGCCAUUAUGGUCAUGCGCCACAAGUACUUCCGGAAUCUGUCCACUUCCGUUUACAUGAUGGCUGGGGCUGUCAACGAUGCUUCAAGUCUUCUUAUCUCCUUAAUUCCUCAUUGGUUGUCAGUAAACUUCCCAGAAACCAUUGCGAGGAACAGUGCUAUGAAUUUUAUGUGCAAGUUCUUCAACUUCUAUGGCUGGGGAAACUGUGACUUUAGUAUUAUGGUGACAGCCGCCAUGACGGCUGAUCGAGCCUACGCAAUAAAAUAUCCUUUAAAAAAUUCUUCAGCAAACAGUAUAAAGCGGGCUAAGAUUGUGAUCACGGUGUUAGCAGUGGUCGUCGUGCUGAAGGAGUUCCAUUUCUGGUUUACGUCUAUCAUCGUGCCUGCAGACAGGAAAGACAGAAUGUGUGACGUUGACCUUUCCUCCCUGUCGUACUGUUAUUUCUAUCACCAGGUCUGGCCGUGGAUUCAUAUAGCAUUUUUGUCCCUGUGUUUUCUUGUCAUCAUCUCCAGCAACUGUAUUAUAAUUAAAAGUGUCAAAAACGCUGGUGGGAAAAGUUUCCGAAAAACUAUGAAAAACAACAAUUCGGAAGUUUCGGCGAGAAGAAAUACAAGGUCACGUUUAAAAUGGCGGCAAAUAACGGCCAUGUUGUUGGCUGAUUCGUUUGCCUUGUUACUGUUGACGUUCCCAUUCUCGGUGCAUCUGGCCGUGACCUUGACAAUGAAAGACGAAGGACCGGAAGUUCAAAAAAUCAAUGGAUAUAUAUUUUCAAUGGUCCUAUAUCUUUUGUACUCCAACAAGUGUGUAAACUUCUGCCUGUAUUGUAUGACGGGAUCGCGAUUCAGAAUGGCGCUUCGCGAGGUCAUCACGUGCAAAAGGUUACGGUGCCAAGGGGGAAAAUUCUUUACAGUUCUCGCCAAAUCUGCAUAUCAAGGAAGCACGUUCACUGGUAACAACACAAGCACGCCCAACUCAUCCUCCCCUGGCAGCUCUCUGAAGAGAGAACACUCAGAAUUAGAAAAGACGGACAAAUUCUAAAUCUGUCUCAUUCGUCGGUAUUAAAUUGAUCCUCAUAAAUCUUUAACUGAAAUCAGUCCCCUCUUUCUUCAAAAUAUUGAUUCAAACAAACCUGAAAUAUAUUUUAUCAGUGAUGUGUCCCAAACUCAUUUUUUAUGGAUUUUUAUUACGUAACAUUUAUUACGAUUUAUUACAAUCUGACAUGUACCGUUCCAGUCUAAAGAAGAAGGUGGUUGAAUGUAAAAUGGAGAAUGUACUUAAUACAUACUUGCUAAAACUGUCGUCAUUUGAUUAAUAAGGUCUUCAAGGAAUCGAGGUAUA